GACAUAAUAAGUACUCUUGAGUGCUUUGUAAUCAUAAGUUUGCUUGCUGGUAUGCAUGCAUAUGUGCUUCUGUUUUGCUUGAUUUUAGGGUCCCAAUAUCCUUCUAUUGCUGAAGAAAUUAAAGGUAUUGCAAGUUCUGAUCCCGUUCACCGAAAGCUUUUUGUUCGUGGCUUGGCCUGGAAUACUACAUCAGAAACAUUGUGUGCUGCAUUUCAAGAGCAUGGGGAAAUUGAAGAAGGGGCCGUGAUCUUUGACAAAGCAACAGGAAGGUCACGUGGUUAUGGUUUCAUAACCUACAAAUACAUGGAGUCUGCUCAGGCUGCAUUAAAAGCACCUAGCAAAAUGAUCGAUGGUCGGAUGGCUGUUUGUAAUCUUGCUUAUGAAAGCUUAAGCUAUACAAAUGUUCCACCAGAUCUCGGCCAGAGAAAGCUUUAUAUCGGUGGUUUGUCUCCUGACACAGCAAGUGAGAUGUUGCUGUCUUUCUUUGGAAGGCAUGGUGAGAUAGAGGAGGGUUCAGUUGCAUAUGAUAAAGACACAAACAAAUCACGGUAG